GUAGGGGGAAUAACCCGGAAGCGCUGGUCUGGGGAAGAGUGAUGGGGGGAAAAUGAGCGGCCCCGCGGGCACGGGGCUCGUGCUCGGGGACAGGGACCAGGGGCUCGUGCUGGCGUUCCAGCGCGCGUUCUUCGCCAUGAGGAGGUUGGACAGCCUGCCCCUGGCGGAGUUGGAAGAAAGGUUGAAGAGUAGCAAGGAUUCCAUGCUAUUGCAACUGAUUUUGCAGCAGACCAUUCUUCAUCCUGUUUGCAAUGAAUACCCUCCUUCAGUGAAGUACAGAAGACUUUUUCUAGCUGAGCUAAUUAAAAAGCAUGAAAGGACAAGCACUGAACCAUUAGAUGAUUUGUAUAACGCACUGGGUGAAGUACUAAGAUCAGAAGAUUCGCAGAUGUGUUACAAGAAUUAUUUCCUGUUGUCAGGAGAGAAUAUUAGACUUGGUGAAAGUGUGGCAAUAAUCUCUGAAGGGACUACUGGUCUGGUCACAUGGGAAGCUGCGUUGUUCUUUGCAGAAUGGGCAAUGGAAAACUCCGAGGUGUUUAAUUGCAGGACCAUUUUGGAGUUGGGUAGUGGAGCUGGCCUCACUGGAAUUGCUAUCUGCAAGACUUGCACUCCUAAACAGUAUAUAUUCAGUGACUGUCAUUCAAACGUACUUCACCAACUCAGGAAGAAUAUUCUUAGUAAUGGUCUCACACUAGAUUCUGAAUCCUGGAACUCCAAAGACUGUGAAGUACAGCUAGAGAAUAACAAUGGAUCUGAAGAAAACCAAAGACCAAAAAUCACUGUUGUUGGACUGGAUUGGUCAGAUGUUACUCAAGAACAACUUAAAGAACUUCAACCAGAUCUCAUUGUUGCCACAGAUGUAGUUUAUGAUCCCGAGGUGUUCCUUUGCCUAGUUUCUAUACUAGAGAAAUUUCUGAUUUCUGCUGAAAAACAGAGAAGAAAAACAGUUGUGUAUCUGGCAUCAACCAUACGUAACCGAGAGACAUAUCAUCAAUUCAAAAUGGAACUUGAUAAAGUUGGAAUUGGACACCAAGUGAUUCCAGGUCCCACCAGAACGGUGUUUCCUUACAACAGAUGCACAAAAAUAGAGCUUCUGAAAAUAUGUCUUGAAACUGAAAUGUUUACUCAGCUAUAAUAAAAUAUUAUGUUCAUAAUCU